CUCUCUUUCUCUGUGACAGAUUUCUCACUCAGCCAUGAAAAGAAAAAGAACUUCAACAGCCUCUGAUGCCCAAAAUGGCGACAAUGAAGCACUAGAAGUUGCCAAUGAAGAAAUUCGAGGCUGGGAAGAUCUCCCAGAACCCAUGUUUCUCACAAUUCUGCUUCAAUUUCCCAUGAAGACAAUUCUCAUUUGCAGGUGCGUAUGCAAACCUUGGCGCAGGCAUAUAUCCAGUUCCCAAUUUGCUAAGUUGUACUCUAGAAAAGCACGUGCGUGUCUCAUGAUUCGAACCAAUGAUCCUAAACUUGUUUCAAGAACCAUCCACCUUGUUGAUCUUGAACAUGACAAUUUUGAUUUGGGGUGUUCCUUUUGUGAUGCUGGUUGCCCUCAGUGUGACCUUCAUGUAAACGUGAAACUUGACACCAAAGUUAAGCUUCCAUUACGUGAUGCCAAGAUGGUACUCAACAGCAAAGAUGAUGCCAGUGAGAAGCUUAAUCCUAAAGGGGGAGUGAGAAGGAAGUGUUUCAUUGCCUCAAAAGACCUCAAAGACCACAAGUUUGGCAUAGUGAACAUGUGUGAAGGGUUGCUUUGCUUGUCUGAACCAAAACAAAAUAACCCUGUUGUUGUAUGCAAUCCAAUGACUGGAGAAUUUAUCAAACUUCCAGAAGCAAGCAAAGCUGAGAAACCUAGAGAGAAGAUUGAUUCUGUUAUGGGCUUUAGUCCAAGAACUAAACAAUAUAAGGUGAUAAGAAUUUUCACUCAACAGAUUUGUGAUCCCGUUAGUGGCAGGAAAGAGUAUGAAGAUAAGGUGGCUGAGAUACACACGCUUGGGACUAGAUCGUGGAGAAGGGUGGAAUCCACUACCUUCAUGCUAUAUGGAGUAAAAUUUCCGACCUACCUGAAUGGAGCAGUUCAUUGGUUUCGUCCUGAUUUCAGGAAGGCGGAUUCCAAAAUUGUUUCUUUUGACGUUUAUAACGAGCAAUUCCAAUUAAUUCCAGCUCCCCCAUAUAAAUAUAACAGUUUUGGUCACAAGAACAUAGAUCUCGUAAGCAUGGGUGUUUUAAAUGGUCAUCUCUGCAUAUGUGAUGCUUCUGAGUUUGGCCUUAUUCGCAUAUGGGUGAUGAAGGAGAAUGGUGUCCCAGAAUCUUGGACUAAAGUGUUUUCUAUUGAUACUGAGAAUGAACAACGAUGGCCUCAAGGUUUAUAUCAUCCAUUGAGAAAGUUUAAGAAUGGAGCAAUACUGAUGUACCAUGCUCGCAACUGCCUGCUUUAUUAUGACCCAUCAAGAAAAGAACAUAAGUAUUUUAAGGUUCGUGGAAGUGAAUCAAACUUUGAGGUUGCUGUUUGUAUUCCAAGCUUCAGUUCGUUCAAGGAUGCUGUGAUGGGAGACAAUGUAGAGGUGCUGAAUGUCAAAUCAAGGUGUGCAAAAUUUGAACUUCGAGAAGAAGUAAAACCUCUCUUUUUGGUGGAAGAAAAUAGUGACCUGGGGUCGGAUUUUUACUCUUCGUCUGAGGAAAGCUGCUGAAUUUGUUCAAUGUUAGAUACUUGGAUACUUUGGAACCUUAGAAUAACCAGUUUUUGGUCUGAGGUUGUUAUUUUGGGCACCUUUCCUUGUUUUGGGUCAUUACCAAAUGUUACCUCCUGAUGGUUUUUGUAUACUGCAUCCAAGGUUUGGCCAGUUGACUCUAAACAAAAGGCUCUUUUGUUAAUCAAUGACUUCUUUGAAAAGUUGCAUGUUUGCUAUUGUAAAGAGUUUAUUCCUUAAAUCUGUGUAUCUGAUGUUAACCUGUGUAGGUGCUGUCAAGUUUAUCUA